UGUAAUUUCAACCGACCAAGUUCACCAGCCGAGGGCAUCGUUCCUCAGUGUUUUUAACGGUUGAUCUGUUAACUUUGGUAUUGCCUUUUUGUUUGGAUCCUACGAUCAGAGAGCGAGAGGGAGAGAAGGGUAAGCGCGAAAGCGGAGCGUGUGAGUGAGAGAGAGACGGAGGUGAAACUAGAAGCCUCCAUGUUUCAGCUGCCUAUCUUGAAUUUUAGCCCCCAGCAGGUUGCGGGGGUUUGCGAGACUCUGGAAGAGAGCGGGGACAUUGAGCGCCUCGGUCGCUUCCUCUGGUCUCUGCCCGUAGCCCCGGCAGCCUGCGAGGUCAUCAACAAGAAUGAGUCGGUGCUUAGGGCGCGGGCCAUCGUGGCCUACCACACCGGGAAUUUCCGAGAACUCUACCACAUUCUGGAGAACCACAAGUUCACCAAAGAGUCUCACACUAAACUACAGGCCCUGUGGCUGGAGGCGCACUACCAGGAGGCAGAGAAGCUGCGGGGCCGCCCGCUAGGGCCAGUGGACAAAUACAGGGUGCGGAAGAAGUUCCCUCUACCCAGAACGAUAUGGGACGGAGAGCAAAAGACCCACUGCUUCAAGGAGAGAACCCGACAUUUGUUACGAGAAUGGUACUUGCAGGACCCUUACCCGAACCCGAGCAAAAAGAGGGAGCUCGCGCAGGCUACUGGACUUACUCCCACACAAGUGGGAAACUGGUUCAAAAAUCGUAGACAAAGGGAUAGAGCGGCGGCUGCGAAAAAUAGGUAGGCUAUAAUGCUGCAGUCUGUACCUUUUUGUGUUUUUAUCAACGAUGGUCUGAGGUGGUUGCAACGUUUAUUGUUCAAUUCUUAACAAAAAGGACUGCGUUGCGACUGCAUCUCAGUCAGCCUAAGCAUUUUUUCAAUAAAAGCUAUUAUUUUUUUCAAAAAUGGUUCUAUCGAAUUGUUUGUAUUAUGUUAUGUUGUUUUGAGUAAACAUUGAAAUAUAGUUGGCUAUAAUAUAUAAAUAGUAGAGUUAAAUUACAUUUGUUCAUAAAUAUUCUCAACGGAAAUGACACCAUAAACGCUUUAGCCUAUUGAAAUGAAGCAAAAUGUAUGACAAACUCCAUUGUGUGACUAUAUAGCCCUUGUCAUUUUCAUUGCAAAGAUGACACUAUUGAUUUUUCAUUGCUUCCCAAAAUAUCCUAACACAGAACGAACCAUAGCAUGUCUAGAUGCAGUGUUUCCUAAAAUGACCAUUAGCCUAUGUAUCUUACCAAAACUACAUUUGAAGCAUAGGCCUAGCUACUCCCCGAGUCAAGUGUCUCAAUAAUUCCGUUCAGAUUAUCCUUAUUUUUCCACAAUGCAUUUUGAUUGUAUUGACAGCUGUCUGUGUAAGUCUUUAAACAUAAUUUAACAACACACAUGCAAUUGUCUGAAACAUUUUGUAUUAUGGAUGUUGCUUAAUGAAAGACAGAAACACAAGAGACCUCCGAUAUUAGGCUAUUUGUUCAAUCAUGUCUGAUGCCACUUGUGCUGAACAGCAACUCAUGAAGGUAGCAGGUGUAUUGAACGAAUCUAAAUUAUUUCCUAUAAGAAAAUAUUCAGGCUAGUCUGACUAUCUUUGAAAUUGUGCUCACUGUGUGGGCUGGGGUUGCUGUGUCUUGGUUGUGUUUGUGCUCACUGUGUGGGCUGGGGUUGCUGUGUCUUGGUUGUGUUUGUGCUCACUGUGUGGGCUGGGGUUGCUGUGUCUUGGUUGUGUUUGUGCGUUUACUUGUAGGCUAUAUAUAGGCUAUAAGAAAAUGUCAUUUUUGGGCUCCUUGUCUGUCACUUGUGUAUCUGAUGCUAGACUUAACUACAGCAAUAAUUAUGUAUCAAUUGAGGAUUUACUUUGAUAGAACCUAUUCGUAUUGGAUUGUGGUUUGUAAUUCUAGUUUUCCCUCCAUCUCUUUCUUUUACCUAGGCUACAACAGCAAGGGAUGUCCCAAGGCUCGGUUCGGUCUUUGGCAGAUGAUGAUGGAACCGUCGAUCGACUCGGUCCCGCCUCUAGUCCCGAGGCUAGUUUGUCAAGCAAAGCCGCCACCUCGGCUAUCUCGAUCACUUCCAGCGACAGCGAAUGUGAUAUCUAAUGGCGCACGAGGCAGUCCAGAGGAGGAAGAGGAUAAAUUCACAGGAGAUAAAUGAAGGAGAUCCUAAAAGACAAUCCAACAAAAAAACAGUCAUAGUGCCUGCGUUUGAAUUUAAAGAAACUGGUCUUCUUUGAUGGCUGCCAAAACAUGAGGGAUCUGACGGAAUGCCCUGUCUUAAAGCUAUACUUUCUUUUUGUUGUCGUUUUUCCUCUAUGGAUGACUGAAGCUAAUUCAAGCGGACAGAAAAUGUAAAGAAAAAUCAUAUUCAUAUUCACGAUCCCUUUUUAGGGAGGACUAAUAAACCAAUGCCUC